GGCACCUACUAGGAGGUGUGGUUGUUUUGUUCCUGGGUGAGGUUUGCUUUCUUGUUGUAGCACAGGCAUACAAGUUCAUUCGACAAGCAGUACCAGUGGUCCCAGUGCUGCAGCCAGAGAUAGAGACUGAUCACCGACCAUGAAGGCCAGAGCUUGGAUACAACGGGACUGCAUCAUCAUCUUCCUCUUUGUGGUUGUCUUUGUCAUUAUCUUUGUGCUACAAAAUAUGGAGCUUAAUGAAAUCAUCCCGAAAGUUCUCACUGACCAUGACAUGCAUCGCAGCUUCUGCACCUUCCAGCCACUGUCCCCUGAGAACGCUAAGGAGGAACGCCUCCUACUAGACUCCAUUGUGUGGCCUGAAACUCAACCUUUGUCAGCUCGUCACUCCCUGAGCCAGACCAGUGAUCCAGCUCACAGCACCUUCACCAUUCUCCCGAGGAAGGGAGGAGGACAGUGGCGUGUAGGGGAUCAGCUGGAGGUUCUGAUAAAAAUUUGUGAUUUCCAGCACCAUCCCAAGACGUCUGGGGGGGACUUUUUAAUCGCCCGGCUCCACAACCUGAAGCUUGGUGCAGGUGUGGCUGGGCAAGUGGUGGAUCAUCUCAAUGGGAGCUACUCUGCUGUGUUCUCUUUACUCUGGGAAGGAGUCGCACAGGUUGAGGUGACGCUGGUUCACCCUAGUGAGGCUGUCACAGUGCUCCAAAGGCUGACCAGCAAACAGCCGGACAGGAUUGACUUCAAAAGCCUCUUCCGUUCAGGCUCACUCUCUGAAACUACCACCUGUAAUGUCUGCCUACGCCCAACCCAACGGCCACUCUGCAACUUCACUGACCUCCGUACAGGCGAGCCUUGGUUCUGCUACAAGCCACUGAAGCUGAGCUGUGAUGCCAGGAUCGACCACAUCAAGGGGGACUUGAAACAAAAUCUCAGGGCUAAUGAGGAGAAGCUCUUUCAAAGUGGUGUCAACUUGAAAGUCUUCAUUCCGGCUUCAGGACCUGCCAUUGUCACCAUAUUGCCAAAAGAGAAAGAAAAACAAAAAAUCCCACCACUCUUGUCCCAUGACUUUCUCUCAGGUCCUACUGAGGUGAAAAGCAUCAAUGUGACAUCUGGACCUUCUGGUUAUUACUACCAAGGUGUGUGGCAAGCACUAGGUGGAACCACAGUCCAUCAAUUCAAUGCCUCUGCCACCGCACAGUGUCUAAAAGGCAAGGAUGUCCACAUGUAUGGAGACUCCACUAUCAGGCAGUGGUUUGAAUUCCUCAGCACAGCACUACCAGAUCUAAAGGAGUUUGAUCUGCACAACCCCCCAAAAUUUGGACCUUUCAUCGCCUUAAGCUAUGCAAACAACAUCUUGGUGAAAUACCGCUGCCAUGGUCCCCCGAUCCGAUCUCCCACGGUCCCAGUCAGCGAGCUUCGUUACAUUGCAAAUGAACUAGAUUACUUAAAAGGAGGCGUCAACACUGUCGUAGUUCUUGGCAUCUGGGCUCACUUCAGCACUUUCCCAGUGGAGAUCUACAUCCGGAGGCUGCAGAACAUCCGCAGGGCGGUGAUGCAGCUGCUGGUCAGGGCUCCAGACACAAAGGUCAUCAUCCGGACCGCAAACCCCAAAGCUUUGACACUUUAUGAGACAAUGACCAACAGUGACUGGUACUCGCUGCGGCGUGAUUAUGUGCUCAGAGCCAUGUUUAAAGGACUCAACGUUCAUCUAGUCGAUGCCUGGGAGAUGGUCCUGGCCCACCACCUGCCGCACAACCUCCACCCACAAACUCCUAUAAUUAAGAAUAUGGUCGAUGUAUUCUUGUCCUACAUAUGCCCUCAAAAGGGCAGCUAGUUAUGUGUUUGUUUGGGGGUUAAAGAAACACCAAGUUUACACUACAUGUUUCUGUGUGUUUUUACUGAGUGCUGCAUUUCUGCCUCGGCAGCCAAUACACAGGCUGGACUAACAAUCCAUAUUUAAUCAGGGAAUGUUGAAAAAAAAAACUGUAUAGAAUCGAAAGCAUCCAGAAGUUGUGUUGGGGUUGGGUACAAAAAAACAACACUGAACAUCAUGCUGAACACAUACACCAGUAAACCAAAACAUUAAAACCACUAACAGGUGAGGACAAUAACAUCUAAAUUUAAUUUAAUUUAGUUUUGAUUUCUAUAUUAAUUUGUCUGUCUUUAUUCAUCUAUUUUAGUUUGUAUUUUAUUGUAUCUUUUAAUUUAUUCUUUAUUCUGCCCCGAUCAUGUCUAAUUUUACUAUACUACG